CGACGCGAGGACAAGGCCAGCGCCAGCGAGAACGCCAAGAGGUACCUCGAGUGUCUGCGCGGCGUGCACGAAGCCAAGGUGCAGAUGGUGUCGGCGCAGUCCCAGUACGACAAGGUGGCGCUGGAGCUGCAGUCGCGGCUGGACGAGAAGGAGGCCAAGGUGACGGAGAUCCAGGACGCGUUCCUCGAGUUCAAGCGCGAAGUGGCGCGCAACGCCGAGAACUUGAGGACGGGCAAGCCGAUCGCCAAGCGCGUCAUCGCGCAGUUCGAGGCCGCCGAGCUGCGCAAGGAUCAGGAGGUCGAGAAGGUGCGACUCAAGCACAUCAACCUGCGCACGCACCUCAAGAAGCUCGAGCAGCAGCUGCACGCCAAGGAGCAGCUCGCUGAGGGCCUGCACCUCAUCGACUUCGAGCAGCUCAAGAUCGAGAACCAGACGCUGAACGAGAAGAUCGAGGAACGCAACGAGGAGCUCCACAAGCUGCGCAAGAAGACGACGAGCACGGUCCAGGUGCUGACCCACAUCAAGGAGAAGCUUCAGUUCGUGUUGGCCGAGAACCAGAUGCUCAAGCGCGACUCGCAGGAGCUGGAGGAGGCGCUCACGGCCAACCGAGACCAGCUCGCCCACAAGAAGAAGGACAGGGAUGCUACACGGCAGCUUGCAACUAGGCUGAAGAGCAAGGAGGGUUUCGCCCAGUCGGAACUGCUCAUUGAAGACUUCGAGAAGCGCGAGAACGACCUCGUGGACCUCGAGCGCUGUCGCGCGGAGCUCAUUCAGCGGCACGCUCUACUCACUAAGCAGAUCAAGCAAGCUGGGAAGGUAGUCAAGUAA